AUGGACACUCGACCAACGUUAAGCUGUCUACUUCGACCAAAACCUGAAACUCGAUUAUUCCAACCACAAGCCGAAGACAUACUUGGUGAUGAAGAACUAUUAGAUCUCUUUCGUAUUAUCAAGCAAAUCAUACGCCGACGUCCUGAUACUGAACGCAUUGCCAAGUUACUAUUCUGUAUUUCUUAUUCUUUAGGUGAUUUAGUCAAGUUUUAUCGACCUGCACAUGAUGAUACCAUUAUCUUUAGGGACGAUCUCAACCCUGGUGCUUCUCUUGGUGCCGUUCGUGUGAAUCACAGUCCAAGUUGUUUCAUACCAUCAGGUACCAACUCAUCAUCUUCACCACCAUCAAAACAUUUGACAUACAACGAAGAAUAUCAACCACUCAACUCUAUGCUUCAUGGUCCAAUGACAAGUACCCGAAUCCAACCUGAUCCAUCUUCGAACCAAGUGAUGGAACCAAGACAACGUGGAUUUUAUUAUCAGUAUGGUCGGAUAGAGCGUGAACCUCCUCUCUUGCGACGAUUUGCAGAACAAGGUGUUUUGACUCAAGCAUCUCUCUUACGGAAACGACGGCGUCAAUGUUCUGAUUCGGAUAAUCCUUAUGUGUUGACUACUUUACCUGCUCCUACCAAGAAACCAAAGAUUCCUCAUCGUCAUGGUGAAUUUGAACAACGACGGGAUGAUAUUAUUCAGCGGAUGCGAAGUAUUACAUUAGCAGAUUUGGAACAAAAAUCAAUACGACUUGCUCCAGAUAUUACAUUAGCCAUUGAACAAGCAGAACCUCCAUCAUCACUCCAACUAGCUUCCAUGACACCUGAAGAUGCAGCUGAAUUAUUGGAACCAGCAUUACGGAUCCUUACCUUCCAUUCCAAUAUGAAACCACAUCUAGAUAAUGGUAUGAAUCAAAACGGUAUUUACUACAACAUUGAUUAUUAUCGACUGUAUCUAGCCUUUAUUCAAUUCCAAAAGGUAUUUGCAACUCUAUUUCCUCAAGAAGUGGUCAAGAUUCGAAAUCUCCCUAGAGAACGAGAUCGAGAUCGGGAUCGAAACAUGAACAUGAAGGCAUACCGUGGUUGGUUGGAACCUCUAUUGACUGAAACCAACUGGGCAGCUUUUCGACGCAAUAUUGUAGUAGGUGAACGUAUGGUGCUAUUGACCAAAGUAGUGGGGCAAGGUGUCUUGUUGAUGACAAAGGAACUCAGUGGAUCCAAGCUACAUUUGACAUUUACCAAUAGCGAAUGGGAUGAAUUCAUUGGAGGACUACAUCUAGGAAAAUGGGAUGACACGGUGACUUGGGAUGAAGAAGAAGAAGAAGAAGAAGAAGAUACUGGAAAAUCUCGAUUGGUGGAAGAAUUGAAAAAUAAAUUUUUAUCUGAAUUUUGGUUCCAUCCUGAUGGUACUGUGGUAUCACCUUCAGCACGAAAACUGGCUCAAGAAAGACGAAAACAACAAAAAGAAGAUCACUCAAUAUCGGAUGCACCCACUGCCACCUCUUCUACAUCUUCCAUGGAUACAACUGCUGGUCAGAUCACGCUAUCGUCCCCAACAUCACUCCCAAGAAUGCAUAGUUUGGACAAAUAG